UUUUGGGCAAAUGAAACCAAACCAAAAUGGAAGUGGAAGCUAAAAUCCAUUCGCAGUCCAAGUCCAAGAAAAUGGAAAUCCAGUGUGGCAGCGAGAGCACGACAGACCUAAAAAAACAGAUGCAGAAAAUGGAGAUGAUGGAGGAGGAGGGUAAUAGGAAUAGGAAGGGGGAGGUUAGCGUGGAAGAAGGAUAUAGAGAAAACAAGAUAAAGAAAGCAAGGCUGCAGUCGAUGCUGGUUGCCCUUGUGGAUGAUCCUAUACUCUCCGACGUUCCCAAAAACCCAACCUUAUCCGAUGUCGACACCCUCAUCUGCCUCGAAUUGGGCAGCGCCAUGCGCAUCUCUGUCCUCAAGCUCGACGCCACCGCUUUCGAUGUGGCGCUCAUGAAUUCUGCUACGGUCAAGGACCUUAAAGUUGCAAUAAAAAAGAAAAUCAACGACAUGGAGCAAUCAAAGAUGGGUCACCGCCACAUUUCAUGGAAGCACGUGUGGGGGAAUUUUUGCCUCUCAUACCAUAAUGACAAGCUACUUGAUGACAAUGCCGCACUUCAGGAUUUUGGCAUACGCAACAAUUCUCAGGUGCAUUUUGUUCCUUAUGUUGCGCUCAAGGAUUCGCAUAGGCAUUCGAAGAGGAGGAGACACCGCUUCUUUCAUGGCCUUAGCAAGCUUUCUUGAUGCUUAAUGGAUAGUUUUGGUAUCUCUCUCUCUCUCUCUUUCCUUCGCUCAUAGGCAGUAGAAGUAGGCUGCCAUUAGAACAUAUCUGCUGAUGAAUCUUUGAUGUCCAAUCAUCAUCAUCAAGGAUGGAAUUUAUAUGAUAUGUUUUUUGUAGAAUAUGUAAAGAAAAGAUUGCAGACCUGCAGUGCACGACCACACCUUCGUUUUA